UUCUGAAGGAGCCCCGCGCGUCGCCGAUGCCAUGGAAGGAGAUCAGCCCCCUCACAGCGCAGAGGAGGUGACGACCCCCCUCCUGAAGAAGGCCCAGACGGCCCCGCUCCACGAGGAGGCCAACACCGCGGUCAUCGCAGUGGUGAUCGCCGCGGUGUUCCUGACGCUGCUGACGGCGCUGGUGGUCAUCGCCGUUUACCUCUACAGGAACAAGGGCUCCUACCUCACCUACGAGCAGCCGGCGGCCGAGCCCGAGGCGGAGCUGCCCAUGGAGGAGGCCCCGGCCAAGGAGAAAGAGGAAUAUUUUAUUUAA